UCCGGUUCGGUUUGGUUCGGUUCAGUCGGGUUCUACGCUCGUUCAGAGCCGCGUACGUCGCGGGAGUCUCUCUAGCCUCCAGCGUCUCUAUGGUCGAGUGGGCGGAGCCAGGAGCAAGAUGGCCGCGCCCGCAGCUGCCAUGGAGCCGCAAGCUUCUGGGGGUCCCCGGCUCCCAGUGUGUCUGUUGGUGUUGGGAAUGGCGGGAUCUGGGAAAACUACCUUUGUACAGAGGCUCACGGGACAUCUGCAUAGUCAAGGCUCUCCACCAUAUGUGAUCAACCUGGACCCAGCUGUGCAUGAAGUUCCCUUUCCUGCCAAUAUUGAUAUUCGUGACACUGUGAAGUAUAAAGAAGUCAUGAAACAGUAUGGACUUGGGCCCAAUGGUGGCAUAGUAACCUCACUCAAUCUCUUUGCUACCAGAUUUGAUCAGGUAAUGAAAUUUAUUGAGAAGGCCCAGAACAUGUCUAAGUAUGUCUUGAUUGACACACCUGGACAGAUUGAAGUAUUUACUUGGUCAGCUUCUGGGACAAUCAUCACCGAGGCCCUGGCAUCCUCAUUCCCAACGAUUGUCAUUUAUGUAAUGGACACAUCUCGAAGUACCAACCCAGUGACCUUCAUGUCCAAUAUGCUCUAUGCCUGCAGCAUCUUGUACAAAACCAAGCUGCCUUUUAUUGUGGUCAUGAAUAAAACUGACAUCAUUGAUCACAGCUUUGCAGUGGAAUGGAUGCAGGAUUUUGAGGCUUUCCAAGAUGCCUUGAAUCAAGAAACUACAUAUGUCAGUAACCUGACUCGCUCGAUGAGCCUGGUGUUAGAUGAGUUUUACAGCUCACUCAGGGUGGUGGGUGUGUCUGCUGUUCUGGGUACAGGCUUAGAUGAACUCUUUGUGCAAGUUGCCAGUGCUGCAGAAGAAUAUGAAAGAGAGUAUCGUCCUGAAUAUGAACGUCUGAAGAAAUCACUGGCCCGUGCACAGAGCCAGCAGCAGGAAGAACAGCUGGAACGCCUUCGGAAAGAUAUGGGCUCUGUAGCCUUGGACACAGGGACUGCUGCAGGCAGUUCAUCUCCUGUGCUGGACCCUUCUGACUUGAUCCUGACUCGGGGAACCUUGGAUGAAGAGGAUGAGGAAGCAGACAGUGAUACUGAUGAUAUUGACCACAGAGUUACAGAGGAAAGCCGUGAAGAGCCAGCAUUCCAGAACUUUAUGCAAGAAUCAAUGGCACAGUACUGGAAGAGAAACAACAAAUAGUUUCUAGCUGAAGUCCAAAAUUUUGGAACUCUGUGUGAAGGAACUGUCCUUAUUUCUGAUUGGGGGCUACUGUAAUGGACAAUUUUGUUCAGAGUAGUAGUUUCUCUUAUUAGUAAAAUCUCCUGUCUCAGAUGAAGCCAGGGAUAGGAUACCUUUGGACCUCAUGGGUAGAUGCUGAUUCCCCUUGGCCUUUCCCUUGGAUUUAUGCAAGGAAGGAUAUUCUGUUUUUGGAUGAGGAUGUCCCUUCAAACCUAAAACUGCCAAGUUUUUUCAUUUGAGCUCACAUACUUUUGCUGCUGAUAGUGGAGCAGACAGAGAACUUAGUUCACUUCAGAUCUCUUCUAUUAGGCUAGAUCUGUAGCUUCCACUUCCUCAGCAUCUUGCCCUUGAACCUACACCAUGAGUUCCUGUCCUUUUAGCAGAAAGGGAGAUGGAAACAGGAGCUUGUCCAGAGCAGCAGUGGAGUCUCCUUGGCAACCAAUCAACAUUGGUAUGAAAUGUACCUCACACUGGGUAGCUCAUUAUAGAACACCAGGUUCAUUGAGGAAAGUACAUAAUUAAUGAAUAAGAAUUUUACUUUUGAUGGUGACUUGGAUAAAGAGUUUUUAAUUUUAACUUUGUUGUAAGCCUGUCUGUCAUAAUUUCAAAUAAGAAAAUUAUCACAAAUAAUCACUUCUGUUCAAAAGAGAGGUUUAAAGCCUCUAUAAAGAUGUUUACUGAAGUUUUGUGUACACACACCUAGUAACCAGGUACAAAGCCAGGCCCUGUUUGUAUUGUUCUUUGAACUUAAUGCAGAGUAUCCUUAGUGAUUUAUUCAAAGCCCAUGAUUUGGUCAGGUGCACAUUCCAUACCUAACAGCCAUGGUAAGUGUUUGCUCUGCCUCCACGUUCUCAGUAUCUUAAAACAUAAUACAUUUCUCUUAAGGAAUUUUAUCCCUGCCUAAUCUUUAUUCCAAUUUAGUGUUCCUCAAAAUGUGGUCUCUGGACCAGAAGCAUCAGCAUCACCUGGGAAAUUACUACAAAUGGGAUACUCUAGACCUGAGUCACAAACUGUGGGGGUGGAGUCCAGUAGUCUAGUAUAAUAAGGCCUCCAGGGGAUUCUGAUGCAUGCUAAACUUGAGACCACUCUCUAACUCAAAUAGCCUGUGACGUAAUUCCAGGCCAGGUGAAUCUCAGGUAUGAAAGCUCACAUGACCUGCUUUAUCAGAGUACCCCAACCUUGACCAUCUGGUGCCCAUUCUUUAAUUUAAACAUUCUAAAAAUAAACAAGUGUUUUACCAUGAAGUAUUAAUUUCAAUAUUCUUUGAGUAUUGGGAACCACUGGUCUAAAAACUUGAACCUGUUCUUUAAGAGGAAACCAUUUGCAUAGCAAAACUCUGAACAUAGCUGUUUUUUCCCCUUAGUGCCUUUGAAUACUUUUUCCUUAAAGAGUAACUUGUCCAGCCUGUUGUAUAAGCUCCAUAAGGGCAGUUACAAAGUCUUACUCAUCUUUGUAUUCCUUGUACAGGACCUAGUACAUAAUAGGUCCUCAAUAAAUGUUUGCUAACUGAA